GAACGUGGACUAAACGUCAAAGCAAACAGAGAAGAAUAAAAACUCAUCAGUAGGAUUUAAUUUUCGGUCACUUUGCUUUCAUUUUUCGAUGGAGGUUGCGGUAAAUUUGGUUAAGAAAAAAAUCCAAUAAAUUUUUAUUACGUUUCAUAAAUUAUAAAUAAAAAAAUUGCAACUAAUUCACGAAAUUCAAAACAUUGCCUGUAAAACGUACGGCAAGAAAAAAAACAUACACGGAUCGACCAAAUUUCAAGAAGUUAGUGAGAAAGUUUAUGAUUCGGAGAUUUUCGAAAUUAUUGGUGACAAAAAGAUCUUUGGAAUAUUGUUUAAAUCCUAUCAGUCGCUACACGCCUGUAGCACAGACGAUAUCACUAAAUAUUAGAUCGGAAUACUUCCCAUCAACACGUUUUUCAACAUUCUCACGUCCUGGAUAUUUCAAAAACAAUUUCUCAACCACAGACAUGGUGAAUACAGAAGCUUCUGUGAAAUAUUUGGAAAUUCCCGAUAAAUCGGAAAGCGACAAAAAACUUUAUAAAACACUAUUAUUGAGUAAUGGUAUUCGAGCCUUGCUUGUCUCUGACCCUACACCGGUUCCGCAUUGUGGACUAACUUCUUCGUCGUCCUCAUCAUCUUAUGAUUCCACAGGAGACUCGUGUGCGGAAGAGAGUAGUAGUACCAGUAGCGAAGAUGAAGAGUCUAUGAGCACAUCCACAACAGACAACGGUGAAAGUGAUUCCGACUUAGAGUCAGAAGAAGGUGACGAAAAAUUGGCAGCCUGCGCAUUAUUGGUCGACGUUGGCUCAUUCACGGAACCUACCGAAUAUCAAGGUUUAGCACAUUUCCUGGAACAUAUGAUUUUUAUGGGAUCAGAAAAGUACCCUGCAGAGAAUGCAUUUGAUGCACACAUUAAAAAGUGCGGAGGAUUUGACAAUGCACACACUGAAUUCGAAGAAACUUGCUUCUACUUUGAGGUAUCUGAAGAGCAUUUAGAUAGCAGUAUGGAUUAUUUCUCCGCACUACUGAAGGCACCACUUAUGAAAAAAGAAGCAAUGACACGUGAACGCGAUUCUGUAGAAUCCGAAUUUCAGCAAAUAGUACAUGACGACGAAGUUCGACGAGAUCAACUUGUAGCUGCCUACGCCACACCAGGCUACCCACAUGCCACGUUCCCUUGGGGCAACCUCAAGACUCUGAAAGAUGGGAUAAGUGAUGAUGAUCUGCAUGCAAUGUUACACGAAUUUCAAAAGCGACAUUAUAGUGCACAUCGUAUGUGUGUUUGUGUGCAGGCUCGCCUUCCCAUUGACGAGUUGGAGCAAAUGGUUGUGAAACACUUCUCGGGUAUUCCUAGUAACGAUCUUCCAGGUAUAGAUCUUUCGCCGUACAAUUAUCGAGACGCUUUUCGAAAGGAGUUUUUCGAAGAAGUAUUUUUUGUUAAGCCUGUGGAAAAUAUUUGCAAACUAGAACUUACAUGGGUACUGCCAUCUAUGAUAAAGCAAUAUAAGACAAAACCAGAUCAGUUUGUCUCACAUUUGAUUGGAUACGAGGGAGAAGGCAGUUUAUGUGCCUUUUUGAGAAAACGUUUGUGGGCAUUGGAACUUACAGCGGGGAUUGAUGAAAGCGGCUUCGAAUCAAAUUCCAUGUAUUCCUCAUUCGUUAUUGGAAUCUUUCUGACUGAUCGUGGAUUCCAGCAUCUUGACGAGGUUCUUGCUGCUACUUUUGCCUUUAUUAAACUGUUUGCUGGUUGCGGGCCAUUCAGAGAUGCUUACACAGAAUUGCAAAAAAUUGAGGCGACCAACUUCCGGUUUGAAUCUCAGCGUCCGGCUUUAGACAAUGUCGAAAAAUUAGCUGUUAAGUUGAAAUAUUAUCCACCGAAGGAUAUAUUGACUGGCACUGAGUUGUACUAUGAAUACAAUGAAGAUCACAUUCAAGAGGUUGUAAAGCAUUUAAACGAAUUCCGAUUUAAUAUAAUGCUCACCUCGCAACACAAAUAUGAAGAUGUAACAUAUGACAAAAAGGAAAAAUGGUUCGGCACCGAAUAUACCACAAUGAAAAUUCCACAAAAAUGGCGUGAACUGUGGGAAAAGUCGAAACCCAUGCCCGAGUUGUUUUUGCCGAAGCCAAAUCGUUUUAUAUCAAAUGAUUUCCGUUUACACUGGGAAGAAAACGGAAAACCUGAGUUACCAACUGCCCCUAAGAAGAUACUUCAGACGGAUAUUUGUGAAUUGUGGUUUAGGCAAGAUGAUAAGUUUCUACUUCCCGAGGCCUACAUGUACUUCUAUUUUAUAUCGCCACUAUUGCGCAAGGAUCCCAAAAACGAUGCUUUGUGUGCUCUCUAUGAGAGAUUAGUUAAAUUCCGGCUUAGUGAAGAGUUGUAUCCAGCCACGGUUGCGGGUCUUUCGUAUCAGUUCUACACUGCCGAAAAAGGAAUUAUACUAAAGGUGAAUGGCUAUAAUGAGAAAUUACAUUUGCUUGUGGGCAUUAUAACCAAAGCUAUGGUGUCAAUGCGUGAUCACAUAACGGAAGAUCAAUUUAAUAUAUUCAAAACAGAUCAGAAGAAAUCCUAUUUCAAUUCGUUGAUUAAGCCGAGAACCCUAAACAAGGAUAUCCGUUUGAGUAUAGUGGAGCACAUCCGUUGGCCAAUUAUAACUAAAUACAAAUGCUUAGAUAGUUUGACAUUAAACGACGUGUUAAAUUUCUCGGAUGCCUAUACGAGUGAGUUAUAUUUGCAGACACUAAUGCAAGGUAAUUUAACGGAGGAGUCAGCACAUAAUGUAAUGAAUUCCGUGUUAACUACCCUCAAUUGUCGCAAUAUCAAAGAGACUAAAUACAUUGAAAAUCGUACCGUCCAAUUGCCCCAAGGUUCCCACUUCAUACGCUGUCGUUCUCUCAAUGAAGAGGAUGUGAACACUGUAAUUUGCAACUUUUACCAAAUUGGACCCUGUUCUCUGCGGGUCGAAAGCAUUUUGGAUCUAUUAAUGAUGUUCGUUGAAGAACCAUUAUUCGACACACUCCGCACAAAGGAGCAGCUGGGAUACUAUGUUUCGGCAUCAGUGCGCAUGAACUAUGGCAUAAUUGGUUACUCAAUUGCUGUGAAUUCACAAGAAACGAAGUUUAGCGCAGCUCAUGUGGACGAACGAAUUGAAGUGUUUCGCGGCAAAAUGUUGCAAAUUUUGGAAGAGAUGAGUGAAGAGGAUUUCGAUCACGUUCGAGAGUCGUUAAUAAAAAUCAAGCAGGUAGUUGAUAUAUCACUCACAGAAGAAGUGUCUCACAAUUGGGAGGAGAUCACGUCCGAGGAAUAUGUUUUCGAUCGGCGGCGACGUGAAAUCGACGUUUUGAGAGCGUUAACUAAGCAGGAUAUAAUUGAUUUUUGUCUGAACAACGAACGAACCAACUUACGUAAGUUGUCGGUACAAGUUAUCGGCAAUAAGGACGCAGUACGCUCUAAGCGAUCAGCCACACGCGACGAAGAGAACUCGAAUGCUGACAGUGCCAGCAGUAGUGGCAGCGAGUCGGAGGUGGAUGACGAAGAGCUAUUCAAUGCAUUAGCCAGCAAGUUGGAUGUGCGAUUCAUACCAAAAGAUGGGGACGCUACAACAAUAGUAGACAUUAAAGACUUCAAGGAAAAUUUGCAUGUGUAUCCGAUUACCAAAACCAAGUUGGAAAAUGGCACGGAACGCUCGCCGAUGGAAAUAAUAGAGGAAUGUUAAACAAUAAUGACGAAAACUUUGCGUUGAAAUAUAUUAGACUAGUAAAGAACAUUCGGAAUAACCCUUAACACAUAGUGGAUUGGCGUUGGUUCCACAUACAUUUAAAAGCAAUGAUAUGCCCUGGAUGAGCAAUCACUGCUUUUUAUUCGCGGUAGUUUAAAAAACUGAAACAAUUUUAAAAUUUUUGAGUCAAUAAAAUUAAUUCACUUGCAAGUGUACAUAUAAA